AUGAACGGCGAGACACACUUUUCUUCUGUCAUGGGUAAGCCGGGAGGCUUCCUCUUCGACGCAAGGGCUUCGCCGGCCGCUUCGUCCCAUAAGAGGGCUUCGCCGGCCGCUUCCGUUAAGGGGUUUGUUUUCACGCCGCUCCAUCCGUUGCAAGGGGAUUUUCCUGAGACUAUUGAGGAAUUCUUGCAGCAUGGGAAUAUGAAAUGCAUUGCGUUUAACCGCAGGGGAACUCUCCUUGCAGCUGGAUGUGCAAAUGGUAGCUGUGUUAUCUGGGACUUUGAAACAAGGGGACUUGCAAGAGAAUUUCGUGAUAAAGAUUGUACUGCACCUAUAACCAGUGUCAGCUGGUCUAAGUAUGGUCACCGUUUGCUUGCCUCUGCUACUGAUAAGUCGCUGACACUUUGGAAUGUGGUAACUGGGGAAAAGAUUGCCCGCAUAACUCUUCAGCAGACUCCAUUGCAUGCCCGUCUUCAUCCUGGUUCAUCCAUCCCAUCUGUAUGCUUAGCAUGUCCUCUCUCUUCUGCACCUAUUCUUGUUGAUUUGAAUACUGGAAGUACCAUAGUCCUUCCAGUUUCUGCAUCUGACAGUGGUAAUGUCCCUUUACCUAAUUCACGUAAAUUUUCGGAUGGUUCUCCUCCUUUUACACCAACUGCUGCAACGUUUGAUAAGAAUGGAGAGCUGAUAUAUGUGGGCAAUUCCAAGGGAGAGAUAUUAAUUGUAGAUUCAAAAGGCAUCCAAGUACUUGGGUUAAUUCCCAUCCCAGGUGGAACAGUUGUUAAGGACAUUGUUUUCAGCAGAGAUGGCCAAUAUCUGCUAACGAACUCUAAUGAUCGUGUCAUUAGAGUCUAUGAGAAUAUUCUGCCCAUUAAUGGUUCUGGGAAGGAGAUUGAAAAAAUAAUCACCAACAACAAUAAUGACUAUGAAAGCAAGUAUGAGAAGCUAAAAGCAAAUGGUGCACGCUGCUUAGUUCUUUCUUGCGAAGUCUCAGAUGCCAUUGCAAAGGUACAGUGGAAGGCACCAUGCUUCAGUGGUGAUGCUGAGUGGAUUGUUGGUGCUUCUGCAAGCAAAGGAGAGCACAGAUUGCACAUAUGGGACCGAGCAGGGCGUCUUAUAAAGAUCCUUGAAGGUCCAAAGGAAGCUCUCAUUGAUCUCGCUUGGCAUCCAUUUGAUCCUACAAUUGCUUCAGUGUCUGUGGCAGGCUUAACAUACAUUUGGGCAAAGGAACAUGUAGAGAAUUGGAGUGCAUUUGCUCCUGAUUUUAUAGAACUAGAAGAAAACGAGGAAUAUGUUGAACGAGAGGAUGAGUUCGACAUAAAUGCAUAUGCAGAAAGGGUUGAAGAACUGAUGAUAGAUCAAGAUGCAGAGAUUGAUGUUGAAACAUGUGAGAAGAACUCACCAUUCAGUGAUUUUGAGGACUCAGCAGACGAGAUCAUCUACUUGCCUGCUAUUCCUUCCCCAGAUGCUCCUGAUGAGCAGCCAGACAAGUGCCUAGUAAGCUCAUCAAAAUUGGAGGACAGCAAUCAUUCUGGUUCCCCCCCAUCCUCAAUGGAUGCUGUACAGAAUGGUCUAGCCAUUCCUCCCGCAUCUAGUCCAUUGGAAGUUGUUGACAAUUCCAUGGCCGAAGAGCCAUCAGCAGAAGCGGCAAACGCGAAGCGGAAGAGGAGGCUUUCAGCCAAGGGGCUGGAGAUGCAGCAGGCUGAGAAGGUGAAGAAACCACCAAUAAAGAUGUCGUCCAACGGCAAGCCGUCGAAGCCCAAGAGCAAGCCGGUGGUGGAACCCGUCAACGGCAACAGCUCGGCCAAGAUCAAGCAGCAGGUGCCGGAACCUGUCAACGGAAACAGCUCGGCUGCCGACAUUGACGACGAAGCGACCGAGGACGAUGAGAUGUGUGAGAUUGUGUGGGAAUACCGUUGCCAAUUGCAUCCAUCAUUGUGCCGUCGAUUGUACUACUGGAUGCUGGAAAACGGUAUUAGUAGUACUGAUCAUGCGGCUUUUGUAGCAUCAAGUCUUAUUAUCUUUGUUGCUAAAGAUGAAGAUCUGCGUGCAAUGCAAGCCAGGGCACUGGUGGAAAGUGGCAAAUGUGCCAGUAGAACUGUACAAAACAAAUUAGUAAAGCGUGAUGAUAAAUAA